AUGUAUAUUUACGAAUUGCCAUUUGAUAUAAAUAAGGAGCUUUGUAGGCUUUUAGACAAUGAUGAUGACUGGAAAGAGCUAGGCGGUAUCCACAUGAAGUAUUCCGCUUUUGAAGUGAACGAAAUAGAACAGUUUGCAAAGCGACAAGCAUCAUCACCAACAAACCAAUUAUUCACAAGAUGGGGCCAGUUAAAUCACAGAGUAGAAGAGCUAUUUAUAUUGCUGUACAGAAUGAAACAUAUCCCAGCGUUGAGGUGCCUAGUCCCUGUAGUUGAUGGUAGAUUUCACAGAUUACUACAUAAACAUGAUAGCAAGAGUAUUAGAGACAGAAGCACAUUAGACAUGAAUGCAAACAGACAGAUGACGCAGAAAAUAGAUGGCAGCGACUCGUCUUUACCCCUUCCGGUUAUGCUGAUAGAAAAGCAGGGGCAGUUACGCUCGCCGAGUCGUAUCUUCGACGUGCAUUCACCACACCAUGCAACCACCGAGUCAAAUACAGUGUCUACUAAGAAUAGUUCCACAGCACAAAGCCAAGGCGGUAUUUUGGGUGAUGAGUUCCUCAAAAAUGUGUCGGCAAUACCUAUGUUGAGUUACGAAGAUUUGAAAGCAGCCACGAAUAACUGGAAUGAAGCGAACUUGCUUGGAAGAGGUGGAUUUGGACAAGUUUUCAAAGGUGAAUGGAAGCUUCUUCCCGUUGCUGUAAAACGACUGAAAGACAACGAUGACAACAACAGAGAGCUGAUAAGGGAGAUGUGUCUGAAUCACUACCGACAUGACAAUAUUCUGCCACUCUACGGGUACAGCUUGGGAGGUCCUGAAGCAUGCCUAGUGUAUCAGUUGAUGGCGGGAGGCUCUUUGGAGCAGAGAUUAAGGGGAAAGACACAACAUAGGCCCCUUACUUGGGGACAACGCUACAGAAUAGCACAUGGUGUUGCUAGGGGUUUGCAAUAUCUACACACAAUGGCCGACACUCCCAUGAUUCACGGUGAUAUAAAGCCAGCAAAUAUUUUACUGGAUCAAUGCUCCAUGCCAAAGAUAGGAGACUUUGGCCUAGCGAGGAAAGGGCCGUACGGGGAGGAUCGGACGCAUCUUAAAGUCUCUAGAGUACAUGGUACUCGGCCCUAUUUGCCGGACGAGUACCUUCGUUCGCGGGUUCUUUCACCGGCUGUUGACAUCUUCAGCUAUGGCGUAGUAAUGCUGGAGGUGGCCACAGCGUUGCCUGUACUAGAUCGGACGAGGAAGAUGUUACUUUUGAGUGACUUUAUGCAUCAGCAGGCGAGGGAAAAUGUUGAUCUUGCUACCUUGGAAGAUCGCGUCCUACGAGGCACAGCCAACUCAAAUGGACCUUUAUGUCGUACCUUCAUAGACAUCGGAUUGCAUUGUACCAAGUUGGUUCGCCAUGAACGUCCUACAAUGCUCGACGUAUAUAAACGCCUUGACGCUAUAGAAUUUCCAGACAAGCAUUACGCAUAG